UUUACGACGGAGGUCGAGCUAACCGUUACCAAUUUCAGUACAGAGGAGAUUUCAACCAUUAACUUAGUUGAGAUUGCGGAAGUUACUGUUCUGCAAGAACUUCUUAAGCUCGAAGACACGAAGUCGCAAGGUCCGGACGGCAUACCCGCAAAGCUGCUGAAAGAGCUAGCCGUGGAGUUGGCAGAACCCCUGCAGUUACUCUUCCGGGCCUCCCUAAACACAGGCCAACUGCCAUCCGAAUUGGAAGACAGCGUGGAAUCUCACCAAUACACAAAAGAGGAAGUCAGGCGUCUGCAAACAACUACAGGCCAAGAAGCCUUUCUCCAAUAUGCUGCAAAAUCAUGGAGCGAAUUAUCAAAAUAG